GUGUGUCAGAGUAGAAAGUCUACCUUAAUUAAUAAUUUCCAAUUUUAUUUUCUAAAAAGAAAAGAAAAAAAGGAAAGGAAUCAAAAUUAGGAAAGCUCAACUGCCAAAAGUGACAACCCACACACCAUUUUUGUUUCUCUCUCUUUCUCUUCUUCUUCUUCUCUUCUCUGUUCCUCUGAGAUUGUUGAAGAGGAAAAGAGAAAGCUGAGUCGAAGAAGCUGGUCCGAAGGGAAGGGGAUGCAGAUGAUCUCCAGGGCAUCCUCCUGUGCAAUGGCCUCCUUACCUUGUUCUUCUAGGGUAAGGAGUGGGUUUUCUGUAUGGCGAGGUAUGAGACAACUUUGCCUCAGAAAGGGCUUGCUGUAUGGGUUUAUGAGGCUGUUCUCUUCUCCAUUAAAGACCUUGCGUGGAGCUAGUAGAACCCUUCGGGUUGAUCAGUUUUGUAGUGUUGUUAAUAUGUCAUCCUCAUUGCAAAUUGAAUUGGUACCAUGCCUUAGCGAUAACUAUGCGUAUCUUCUGCAUGAUGUGGAUACUGGCACAGUUGGUGUGGUUGAUCCUUCUGAAGCUGUGCCUGUUAUUGAAGCUUUGAGUAGGAAAAAUAGAAAUUUGACAUACAUUCUAAAUACUCAUCAUCAUCAUGAUCAUACUGGUGGUAACGUGGAGUUGAAAGCAAGGUAUGGUGCAAAGGUGAUUGGCUCAGCGAUAGACAGGAACAGAAUUCCAGGCAUUGAUAUUGUUUUGGAUGAUGGGGAUAAGUGGAUGUUUGCAGGCCAUGAGGUGCAUGUUAUGGAGACUCCUGGUCAUACACGAGGUCAUAUUAGCUUCUACUUUCCUGGAUCUGGGGCAAUUUUUACUGGAGAUACAUUGUUCAGUUUAUCAUGUGGCAAACUGUUUGAAGGAACCCCUGAACAGAUGCUGUCAUCCCUUAGAAAGAUUACAUCUUUGCCAGAUGACACAAAUGUAUACUGUGGUCAUGAAUAUACAUUGAGUAAUUCAAAGUUUGCAUUGUCUAUAGAGCCUGAGAAUGAGGCACUCCAAUCCUAUGCAGCACAUGUAGCUCAUCUUCGCAACAAGAGCUUGCCUACGAUUCCAACUACCCUCAAACUGGAGAAGGCAUGUAAUCCAUUUCUUCGAACUUCGAGUAAAGAGAUCAGGCAGAUAUUAAACAUUCCUUCCACGGCAAAUGAUGCAGAAGCUUUGGGUGUCAUACGCCAAGCAAAGGAUAGUUUUUGAGAAGUUGUAGAUAAAUUCAUCUGUUAAAGUCCCUAAGAUCCUAAUUGUUUAUAUAUAUUUCAAAGUCCUUUUUGGUUUUUGGAUCUACUUCAAGCUGAGGCCUGAGAUACAACAUCUGUCUUUAUAGGAUAAAAGAAUGAUAUUAGAUUUAUAAUUUUGCUACCGACCCUUUGUUAAAUUUUUGUUCCAAUUUGGAAAGCCUUGAGAUUCUAUAUGCAAGUAUUUUUUUCAUAUGAUAUUUAUAGUGAAUAAAUAUAUAUUUAUUUA